AUGGGCAACAGGUUCUUACAGGACGUGCCAAUCUUCCAGGCCGUCCAGGAGUUCUUCGUGGAAAUCAAAGACUGUGUUUUGGAGAGAAGCGCCGUGGACCUCGUCUCGGCCGGAGGUGUCGUGGCCUUCGGCUGCUUGUUCCAAAGAAUGGCCCAGGACAUCCCGGUGCUCUCAACGACCGCAGAGAUGCUCGGACGGGUCACCGACUGCAUCAGCAGCAACACAAGCCCAGUGACCAUCUUUGCAGGCGGUGCGAUCUCCUGGGGCUGCUUCAUCUACGAAGUGGUUCAAGCAGUCCCUUUCAUGAAGAACGUCUUUGACAUGCUGAACCCCUGCAACGAGGGUGAAAACGUCUGGGACUGCGUGGUCAGAUUCGUUGGCGAGAUCCCUCCUUUCAACUACCUGAAAAAGGUCCUGGAGGCCGGCAAAGACUUCAUCCCCUUCGUGAUCACCAAGACUGUCGAGUUGUUCCUGAAUGUCGUCCAGUUCUUGGAUCCCCUGGAGAACUCCCUGAGCCUUGUCCAGGAGAAUCACAGCAAAAAGUCGCCUCUCGUUCACUACGAUGAUGGCCAAGCAAGGAUCGUGUCCUUCCUCCAAAAGGCGGCCAAGAGCCCCCUCACGGGAGUUUCGCACAGGAAGACAGGGAGCGCCCUGCUGCAGGAAAAGGCCAAGACGAAGAAUCCCGUGAGCUUCUGGAAGCAGAGAGCCGGACAUCCAGACGCCUCCGAUGAUCCGGGCCUCUUCAGCUUCGACUUCGGGCUCAACGGAGAAGUUGAGCGCACCGAGUUGAUCACACAAUUUGGGGGCAAGGAGGAUCACACUCUGUCAUGCCUGGGCUAUGCCCCAAAACGUGCAAAUCUGGAAACCGGCGUGCAGCCAGAGGACUGGAAAGAAACCGAACCGGAUGAGUUCAUUGAGCUGACGCCCUUUGCCAUGCCCUGCGGGUUGGAUUACUACCAAGACACGACUAAAACCAAGGACUGGCAGGGCUUUGCUCCCUUCACCAGAGUCUUCGCGGUGGAGAAGUGCAUGACGUUCAACCAGCAGUUCAACUUUGGCUCUUUUUCAUUGGGUGUGGCAGCACUGGGGGAUUGGAAGUUCGAGCUUCCAGAGCCCAACAUCGCCCUUGAGGUUGGGCUUUGCUUUCCGUGGAGUGGAAAUCAGGUCCUCGGCUUAUUAUCCCAGCUCGAGCUUGCCAUAACGGUGGUCGCUGUGGAGGUCAUCCGCUUUACCUGGCGCUGGAACGACUUCACCGAUGGGAACGAUUUCAGGUUCCAAGCAUCGGAGCUGAAGAGCACCUUCAUCUGGCCAGAUGUGCUGGAGGGCAACCUUCGAGGAGGAGCUGGGCCACGUGGAACGCCCAUCGUCUUGCAACAGAAAGCUGAAGAGAAAAAGGCUGAAGAAGCUCCAAAGUCGACGACAAACAGCUCCUCGCGAGCUCCUCGGCCUCCCCGGUCUGCGGGGAUGUGGCAACGAGAUCUCACCUUCAGAAGCUUGCGCAUGGAGAACUCAAGCAAGCCUGUGGUGGAUCAGGUCUACAGGACAACGAUCCCGCUUCUUGCGUUCGAUUCGGAUUCCGUUUUGCCAGACAUUUUGAAAGAUCUCUUCGGCGCUAGCUUCGAGCUGGUCCUGGACCACGGCGUCAUCAACAUGAAGCUCAACGGCCGCGUUUUGACCCUGAAUUCUCCGGAGGUGGACGUGAACCUCCUGGACUUGCCAGGAAUCAUUGAGCAAAUUCUGAAUGUGGCUCUGGAUGAUGAUGACAAUGAGCGUGGUGGCUACGCCAAAGAGACAAUCCGCUCAGUCUUCAACAGCGAUGAAAAUCCGCUGGAUCCAGCCGCUUGGGAGGUCGCCGCCGUGACCACAGAGGAGCUGGGCCUCUCCUCUGGCUGGCACCUGCUCAGGCCGGAGGGGGUGCAGAGCAACAGCGACGGCAACGUCACAGGGCGCGGGAGGCUCUCCAUGUCCUACCAUCCCUACAGCUCCGGGGCGGGCUUGGAGGUUUUUCUGGUGGCUGCCGUCUUCGGCGACGACCAGGGUGGGGAGCCCCAGUUCCUCUUCGACUUCGGCAGCUUCCCGAGCGCGGGCUACGGAGCCAUGUUCCAGAGCCGUCGCUUCAAGGCCUAUGCAUCAGUCAUUGCGGACAAUGCAACCGACGACAACUUCUUGCACUUGUACCGAGUGUGGCGAUUCGAUCUGACUGCUGGCCAGCUGAGCAUCUACAGGGAUGGGCAGCUCUUGAAGAGCGCUGCUUUGAGCGCCACCAGCCUCAACGCCGAGAGCAUCGACGAGGCAGAGGCCUUCACGGUGGGUGGCCAGGCCAGCGCUGGCAGCACAGACUUGCGCUACUUCCGGGGCAUCUUCGGCGAGCUGCUCCUGUUCAAUGGGCUGCUGGACGACACCGAAGCAGCAGGCAUCGCUUUUAACUUCGAGGAGAAGUGGCUGCUCAACCAGGUCCAGAAGAUCUGUGGCGAGGUGACGCCGGCAAUGUGGCUCAAAGCGGAUGAGCUAUCGGAUCCCGUGGCUACGUGGAAGGACAGCUACCAAAACGAGUUGCUGGCAUCGCAAGCAAACCCCGCAAUCGUGACCGCGACGGACAGCCCGUUCCUGCGGACCGUCCAGUUCGGACCCAUCACGCCACUCAGGCUUGUAAGUGGGGGCAGCAUCGACAUAUGGCUUUUGAUAAAGCCCGAUGCCACGACCGUGCAGAGGCAAUUCAUCUUCAGCUACGGCACGUUCCCGAGUGCUGGUAUUGCCGUGACAGUGGACAACACCCUUCACAUUCAUGCGUGUGGCGAGACCGUGGACUUCGAUCCAAGCUACUUCUUACGAAACGAAUUAGCCCUGUACGAGAUCUACUUCCAAAAAGAAAGUCGCGGCGGCCUUCUUUUUGGCGUGAAUGGUCCGGAAUAUGGCGCUGCCAGAUGGGUUUCGGAAAGGUGGACUGCAGAUUACCUGGACGACGCGGGCUUUGUGAUAGGCGGACGAGCGAACCAGGAGACGACAGAAGCGUAUACGGGCAUUCUGGCAGAGAUGCUCUUCUUUGAUGUGCGCGUCGACUGGCAAGCUGGGUACUUGGAUGAAGUCAAGGCCAUAGACGACUACAUCUUCAGGAAGUGGGGAGCGGUUACGAGGUAUCGGGGUCUUCAAAGCAUUGAUGUUUGGCCACCGGCAUGA